AUGCGUGGUUUUGAAGAACUUGAACGUAGUCCUGCUGAAGCCAUCCAGACUGGACACAGAUCCCAGCUCACCCACUGCAGCCAAAGAGUGGAACCACUGCAUAAAACAUUCACCAACUUCAUAGAAGAAAGUGGAGAUGCUGCACCAGACAAGUUUAGGGCAUUAGUGAAUUGUGUCCCCGAGUGUCACCUACUAGAAAAUAAGUCACUGAACCUGGAGGCUGCACACAGUCAAGCUCUUACGUUGGAUCUUGCCCAGCGUAGUGCCGACGCGUAUACAUCACCCAUUCCUCAUACUGCUGCUUUAGUUCCAGAGCGGCAGGCACAGCCCAGUGGUGACCAGCAGCAGCAGCCAACAAAAGAAGAAGCAGAAAGAAGUUCACCUGGAGAUUCAGCUGUUGCUGCUGCUUACUUAUCUAAGAGGAAAUGCUAUUUUUGUGGUAAUGCACUCCACAGUACAGGUCAUUUUGCAAAAGUCUGUAAAUCAAAGGCUUCAGGUAGUACUACUGCUGCAUUGUAUAACCCCAGUUUGCUUACAAUAGCUGCCACUUAUCCAAAGAAUCUUUCACAUGCAGCUACAAACAUCACUGUAAAUGGCCAUUCAUUGAAGGCACUAAUUGAUUCUUGUAGCUCAGAUAGUUUUAUAUGUGAAGAAAUAGCACAGAAACUAAAUUUGACAAUAGUUCCUGUAGGUACAGCAGUCUCAAUAGCAUCAAAAUCUUUAAAUGCUAGUUCCCCUGAGUUUGUUACAGCAGACUUAGUGCAUCUUGAUCAGAGAUAUCCUCGUAUCCAGCUCGGGGUCCUGAAGGAUUUAUGUUGUGAUGUUAUCUUAGGUUAUGACUUUCAAAAGCAACACCAGAGCGUAACUUUUCAAUAUGGAGGGAAUAAACUAAGUUUAAAGAUAACUGGAGCCAAACCUGUCUGUGUAUUAGCAACAGCUGAUAUCGAUGAACCGUCAUUGUUUCCGAACUUACCUCAACAGUGUAAACCCAUUGCAGUUAAAUCUAGUCGCUAUAGCCAGAAUGACCAGCUGUUUGUAAAAGACCAGAUAUCACAUUUACGAUCUAAAGGUAUCAUUGAGCCAAGUAUAUCCCCUUGGAGAGCACAGGUUGUAGCAGUCAAAGAUCCACUUGGCAGGCACAAAAAGAGACUUUGCAUUGAUUAUUCCCAGAACAUUAACCAAUACACAGAACUAGAUGCAUACCCCCUCCCAAGGAUAGAGGAUAUGGUGCAUGACCUUGCAAAAUAUAAGGGGUUCUCUACAUUUGAUUUGAAGAGUGCAUAUCACCAAAUCAGCAUUAAAGAGAGUGAGAGGAAGUACACUGCUUUUGAGGGUGCAGGGGAAUUUUUUCAGUUUUGUAGGAUUCCAUUUGGUGUCACGAAUGGUGUAGCUGCAUUCCAAAGAGCUAUGGACAAACUAGUUGAAGAUGAGAACCUCAAAGAUACUUUUCCAUAUCUAGAUAAUAUUACUGUAGGUGGAUUAACUCAAGCUGAACAUGAUGAAAACGUUCAAAAGUUCUUGGAGGUGGUUCGGAAACGGAAGCUUACCCUCAAUGAAGUGAAAUCGGUUGUGUCUGUUCCUACAAUCAGUGUUCUAGGGUAUUGUGUCGGUAAUAAUGUGAUAAAGCCUGACCCUGACAGAUUACGUCCCCUUCAAGAAUUACCGCCUCCCACAAAUAUGGGGUCUCUGCGAAGAGCUCAAGGGUUGUUUGCAUAUUAUGCCAAAUGGAUCCCUGGUUUUUCCGAUAUGAUUCAUCCCUUAGUAAACACAAAUACUUUUCCACUGAGUGAGCCAGCACUAGCUGGUUUUAACUCUUUAAAAAAACAACUUAUGGAUGUUUCACUACGGUCUAUGGAUGAGAGCCUUCCCUUUGUUGUGGAGUGUGAUGCUUCGGAAGUUGCUGUUUCAGCAGUCUUAAACCAGGGUGGCCGGCCGGUAGCUUUCAUGUCAAGAACGCUCCAGGGUAGUGAGUUGCAUUAUCCAGCAGUGGAAAAGGAGGCCACAGCUAUUAUUGAAGCUGUUCACAAGUGGAGCCAUUUCUUAGCGAGACGACAUUUUACUCUGAUUACUGAUCAGCGAUCCGUGAUGUUCAUGUUAGACAGCAGGAAGAGAACUAAAAUAAAGAAUAACAAGAUACAAGAGUGGAGGUUUCAGCGAUGCUCUAGUCUUGGAAAUACAUUACCAUCAUGGCUUUUGACUCCUGGACCCGUACUAUUGCGACGACAUGUUAGGUCUAGCAAACAUGAACCAUUAACUGAUCAGGUUCAACUCAUGAAAGCAAACCCAAUGUAUGCAAAUGUCAAAUAUCCAGACGGAAGAGAAUCAGCUGUGUCUACUCGUGACUUAGCUCCAAGUCCUGAGGGUGCAACGAUUCCUGUACACCAGAUUGAAUCGUUAAGAGAGAUGGAGUCCCCAAAUACACCUGGAGUGCAGGAUGAACAAACUCAUGUUACACCUGAAGUGCAGGAUGCACAAACUCAUGAAAGUUCACAAACUCAUGAUAACCGUGAUUCUCAUGUGCCCAGUGAGCCCACUGAGCUAAGAAGAUCCACUCGUGUGUCAAGGCCUCCUGAUUGCUACGGAUGGGAUUAA